CUUCUUCUUCGGUUUGAAGACAACAAAAAUCAAUGAGCAGCAAAGAUUGGGAAGCAGAAAAUUAUUACUCCAAAGACUUCGAUUGGGAGCAGUUGAGAGAGGAAGUCGAAAACAAUCCCUCUUUUCAAUUUCACUUUCUCCCUUUUUCUCCGAAUCAAAUCGCCGAUCAAGAUGCAGAAGAAGAAGCCCAUCAAGAAGAUUCCCAAGCGUGGGAUCAAUUUCAUGCUCGUCAUUCCACCGGCAAAUUCUUCAAGGAGAGGCGAUACUUGUUGAAGGAAUUUCCGGAGCUAGCGUCUUGCGAGAAAAAUUCAAAGGUCUUGGAGGUAGGAUGUGGUAAUGGCAGCACGGCUCUACCAAUAUUGCGUGGACGAGAGGACAUCAUCUUGUACGCAUGCGACUGCAGCAACGAGGCUCUUGAGAGGGCUAAACAUAUAGUUAGUGCUGCUAAUUCAAUAUCCACUAUACAUCGUUUUCACCCAUUCCUAUGUGAUUUUUCAACAACCGGGUUUCCUUCAUUGUUGUCCUGCAAUAACUGCUCACGAGAUUUCUCGCAGAAGCGUUCCUCAGGAUUUUCCGGUGUGAACAGCAGUUACGAGAUAAACGACGUUAAUCCAGUCUGCCCCGACGAAACGAAAUGCUGCAUAGGUGGAACAGAUUUUGUUACCUUGAUAUUCACUUUAUCGGCCUUACCACUUGACAGGAUGCCUAAGGCCAUUAAACACUGUUUUGAUGUUCUAAAGCCAGGUGGCCUCCUAUUAUUCAGAGACUAUGGUCUUUAUGACAUGACCAUGCUUCGAUUUGGGCCUGAUCGAAGAAUGGGAUAUAGAGAAUAUUUGCGGCCAGAUAGAACACGGUCCUUUUUCUUUUGCUUGGACACUGUUCGAAGCUUAGCUUCUGCUGCCGGCUUCACUGAGAUGGAGCUAGAAUAUUGCUGUGUGAAGUCCGUAAAUCGGCGAAAUGGGAAGAUAAUGAAAAGAGUAUGGGUUCAUGGCAAGUUUCAGAAGCCCACUUGUACCUGAUUGCAGCCAACUGUUUCGAAGCAAGAACAAAUUCUUCAAUUAUGCUUUCAAAUAUCUUCAUAUAGUUCGGACUAACAAAAUUCUAUUAAUCUAGCGAAAUAUUAAAUUAUCAAGACAAUUAUUUAGCAUGUUGUCUCUAAGUCGAGACCAGAGAAAACUUAUUAUUUUAACGAAAUUAUUAAUUUAUGGAUGUUUUAUUAUAUCU